CCAGAGUCCCAUUGACUGGCUGGCACACAAAACAGGUCAACCUACUGCAGAAGGACAGACAGGCAUCAUGACACAGGGCAAGCUGUCACUUGCAAACAAGACCUCCAAUGGCUCCUCCAGUGGAGAGGCCUUGGUGGCACCAGCUCCUCCCAGUUAUGAGGAAGCCACUGCAGGCACCAGUGCUCCUUGCUACAAUGACGUGGAGAUGCUCACAGAGUUCACCUGGGAUGAUCGCAACAUCAGGAGGGUCUUCAUCCGUAAGGUGUACACCAUUUUGAUGAUCCAGCUUUUGGUCACUCUUGCUAUUGUGGCUCUUUUCACCUUCUGUGACCCUGUGAAGGACUACAUUCAAACCAACCCUGGGUGGUACUGGGCCUCUUAUGCUGUGUUCUUUGUCACCUAUCUCACCCUGUCUUGCUGCUCUGCACCAAGGAGACAGUUUCCAUGGAAUCUGAUUCUUCUUGCCAUCUUUACCCUCUCCCUCUCCUACAUGACAGGGAUGUUGUCCAGUUUCUAUAACACCAAGUCAGUGGUGAUGUGCUUGGGAAUCACAGCAGCUGUUUGUCUCCUGGUCACAGUCUUCAGCUUCCAAACUAAGUUUGAUGUGACAUCAUACCAAGGUGUGCUCUUCGUCUUCUGCAUGGUCAUGUUCAUCUCUGGCCUGGUGCUGGCACUUGUCCUUCCCUUUCAAUAUGUACCAUGGUUGGAUGCCAUCUUUGCUGUCUUGGGAGCCAUACUAUUUACAAUGUUUUUGGCGUUUGACACCCAACUCCUCAUGGGGAACAAGAGGUACACCAUGAGUCCAGAGGAAUAUGUCUUCGCCACUCUCAACAUCUACCUAGAUAUCAUCUAUAUCUUCUCCUUCUUCCUCCAAAUUUUUGGAACAAAACGAGAUUAAACCAUCACACCAAAUUUCUGACCUACAGAGAAGGGAUGCAUCAGUAUGGAAACAUAGGCAGACAUGAUAAGAGUCUUUUCAAAUUUUGGUGACUGUGGUGACCAUGCUUCCAGCUGCUUUAUUUUUUUUGCCUGAUACUGACAAGGUCACAAAUACUUUGUGAAUCUCUUGUACAGCUACACACGUACAUAGACGUAUGUCAGUAUUCACACACAAGAUGUCUGUAGCCUUUCCCUCCUCUCUAGCAUGUUUGGGACCCCUUACCACAUUAUGGGAUUAGCUUACUAGCUUUACCAGCCAGAGUCAUUC